AUUCGAAUAGCUCAGAAUCUUCCGUCUGAGCAGUUUCCGCAACAUGAUUCCACAUAUCUCUCAACACACGGGUAUGCCAAUGUGAGAAGUCUGGAUUUCACAAGAUUACUUGGUUCGGGUGUUUUGCAUACCAAAUUUUGGAUUGUUGAUUCUCGGCACGUCUACGUUGGUUCGGCGAAUAUGGACUGGAAAUCACUUACGGAAGUGAAAGAACUGGGUUAUCUGCUAUGGAAUUGUAGUUGUUUGGCACGUGAACUGUCGAAAAUAUUCACCGCGUAUUGGAGGUUAGGCGCUGCGGGUGCACGAAUCCCAUCGAAGUGGCCGUUGAGUUUAAAAACAACGUUCAAUUUCACUCAUCCCCUUCGAAUGACCAUCAACGAUCGCCGUGCAUAUGCAUUUGUUUCGAGCAGUCCAAGGCAGUUCAAUGCAAAAGGUCGUGAGGAAGAUGGAGACGCAAUUGUGAGAAUAAUGGAAGAUGCGGAACAAUUUAUACACAUCGCUGUGAUGGAUUAUCUACCGUCAACUUUAUAUAUGGGAUUUGAUAAAAAUUGGUAUUGGUCGAAGAUAGACGAUGCGAUUCGAGGUGCAGCAUAUCGAGGCGUUUCGGUGAAAAUGUUGCUCAGUCACUGGAAUCAUUCGAAACCUGAAAUGAAGCCAUUCCUUAAAUCACUGUUAGCUAUCAAUGAGGCGUUACCACGAAGACAUAAUUCGACUGGCAGUAUUGAAGUGAGAUUGUUCACAGUGCCAUCGAACGAUGAGCAGAGGAAAAUUCCGUUUGCACGAGUGAAUCACAAUAAGUACAUGGUCACUGAUCGUAUCGCUUAUGUUGGUAAGAUCCCUCGUAUUUAUUUAACAUAUAUCCUUCUGUUUGCUUUGCGAAAUUUUACUUUUAUUUGCUCCUAUCAAAGCAGUACCAAGCACAUAAGUUCUAAAGUUCAUUUCUCUAUAAGAGAGGUAAUCUUUUGA